ACAAGCCCCCUUCAGCCGAGGGAAUCUAGCCGCGACCAGUACCUCGAGUUUUGUUCCUUCACACAUGAUUAUAAUCAGCUGAUGAGCUACUCUAGGCAACUUCUAUGGCUGUAAGCAGUAUGCACACCGCGAUGCGGCAACGGUUGUUGUGCAGCCUUGUUGCAUGGCUGGCUGUGCUGCUGCCACUGUACGUAGACGGGUCUCCACAUAGUGCGGACACCUAUUCCUUGGAUGAUCGGACCGGACUUGGUCGAGAGUUCGAUGGAAUUGGAGGACUGAGUGGAGGAGGGGCAACAUCCCGACUGCUUGUAAACUAUCCUGAACCAUAUCGGAGCCAAAUAUUGGACUAUUUGUUUAAGCCCAACUUUGGUGCCUCCUUGCAAAUCUUGAAGGUAGAAAUUGGAGGGGACGCGCAGUCUACAGAUGGUACAGAGCCAUCUCACAUGAGGUAUGAGGAUGAUGAAAACUACUUUCGGGGCUAUGAGUGGUGGCUAAUGAAAGAAGCCAAAGCAAGGAAUCCGAAUAUCAUUUUGAUAGGUCUGCCGUGGGCAUUUCCAGGAUGGAUUGGGCGUGGUAAAAACUGGCCAUAUGAUUAUCCUGAUGUCACUGCAUACUACAUUGUCUCUUGGAUCACUGGCGCUAAGCAUUAUCAUAAUUUGGACAUUGAUUACGUGGGGAUCUGGAAUGAGAGGCCCUUUGACAGCAAAUACAUCAAGAUGCUGAGAUAUACCCUAGACAAGUAUGGCCUGGAGCGGGUGAAAAUCGUGGCCAGUGAUGACCUUUGGCUUCCCAUUUCCCGUUCCAUAUUACAGGAUUCUGAGCUGCAGGAAGCAGUUGAAAUUAUAGGGGCACAUUAUCCAGGAACUUACACUGUGAACGAUGCUCUGAAAACAGGGAAGAAGUUGUGGUCCUCUGAGGAUUACAGUACCUUUAAUGAUGAAGUUGGUGGAGGAUGCUGGGCUCGAAUCCUGAACCAGAACUAUGUCAACGGCAACAUGACCUCCACUAUCUCCUGGAACCUGAUCGCUAGUUACUACGAUGGUCUGCCAUACACGCGUGAUGGAUUAAUGACAGCAGAGGAACCAUGGAGUGGCCAUUAUGCAGUGGAGACUCCAAUCUGGGUUACAGCUCAUACUACACAGUUCACCAAGCCAGGGUGGCACUACUUGAGGACAGUUGGACACUUGAAUAAUGGAGGCAGUUAUGUGGCAUUGACAGACAGCCAAGGAAACCUCACCAUCAUUAUUGAAACCAUGACACAUGACCACUCUGUCUGCAUCAGGCCCCCACUGCCUCCUUUCAGCGUUUCUGCUCAGAAUGCGACUUUUAAACUUCAGGGAUCAUUUCAAAAGUUGACCACAUUGCAGGUGUGGUAUUCUAAGCUGAACUUCAAGUCUCAUGAGUCCACAUUAUUUAAGCAGCUGAAACCAAUUCAGCUACUUGAUGGAUCCUUCACUCUGCAGCUUGAUGUUGAUGAAGUUUACACACUGACUACUAUCACUAUGGGACACAAAGGCAGCUUUCCAAACUCACCGCCUGACUCGGAACCCUUUCCCAAAAAGUACAAGGAUGAUUUUAAUGAUGCUAACCCACCCUUUAGUGAGGCACCCAAUUUUGCUGACCAGACAGGAGUCUUUGAAUACUACCAAAAUGUAUCUGAUCCAGGUGACCAUGUCUUCACUCUGCGCCAGGUGAUUACCCAACGUCCAGUUACUUGGGCUGAGGAUGCUGACCAGACCGUCAGUGUCAUUGGAGAUUUUAUGUGGAAAAAUUUGAAUAUAACCUGUGACAUCUACAUUGAAAAACCCAGUACAGGAGGAGCUUUUGUUGCUGGUCGAGUAGAUAAGGGAGGAGAGGUAGUCCGACAAACUCAAGGACUCUUCUUCUGGGUUUUUGCUGAUGGUACCUUCAAAGUUACUAAUGACUUGGCUGGAAGUGUUAUAUUGGUAGAAGGUAAAUCUGGUACCAAAGCACAGACGUGGUACACCUUGACCCUAAAUAUACAGGAUAAUUCUGCGUCAGGACUACUGAAUGGCUACCUUCUCUGGAAAGAUGUUACUAUAAAUAGACCAACCAGUGGCUGGGCAGCAAUUGGAACACUGUCAUUUGAAUUAGCUCAGUUUGAUAACUUCUUUGUUACUGCAGAGUAAUUUGUUCAAAUUAAGGUGGCAUUGCUAAAGAAGAGUAAGGUGUUGACAAAAUACUACAAAGCUUAAUAAGAAUGCAUUAAGAGAAGUGUAAGUACUGCAACUUCUGAGUACUGAAGCAUGAAAGCAAAAUGGAAUGUUACAUCAUAUCUACAAGCACCUCACUUAUUUUUCUCACUUCACUUUAUUGUUGACUUUCUUAGUCCCAGUUAACCAUUCCUUCUGAACAAGCAUUUGGUUUGGAAAGAAAAUUCAAGGCAGAUUGUCUUUCUGCCAUCAGUAAACGUGCAAAUAAGUGGGCUGCCGACAAGAAGCAAAGUGACUUGUCAUCCUGUGAACAGGAUUAGUGAAUAGUGUUAAAUUCUAACCAUGAAAGGUCACUUUCAUUUUUUAAAAUUAACAGGAUACACAAGACUAUACAGCCCUGCUGGGUCUGUUUUGCCCCAGUUGGUAACUGAACAUUACUAUUAAGGAAGUUUACCAUCUCCUUAUAAACUAUUUGUUUUCACUUGUCUCCUUUACUUAUCCUAUCCUGCUGGAGUCCAAGACCGGGUACUAAGUUUUGUUUUUGUUCAGUGUAGGAAAAGGUAGUAAAAAGCACUUGAUAAUUUGGGAAGAGUAUAAAUAUUUUUAAUGGCAGCUAAAUAUUUUCUAAUUGAUGUAUUAAAACUAACUUGAAUAAAAACAGAGAUAGUAAAUAUCUCAGAGUUAGCAUAACUAAUGUACGUAUAACAACAAGCAAAAGCAGUUUUGCGCAAAUAAACAACCUAGAACCACUAAUAGUUGCAGAUAUAAGUGCCUCCCACUGCACAGCUUGUGGAAAACAAUGCAGCAUAUGGUUCCAAAAAGAGAAUAGCACAGUAGUAAAUAUAAUAUGCACUUAUGACUGUGCUAUUCUGUUUCUGGAGCCGUAAGGUGCAUCGUUUUCCACAAGUUGUGCAGUUUGAGGUGCUUAUUUGUGCAACUGUUAAUGAUAACUAAUUUAUGUACCUUUCUUGAUGAUUGGUUCUAGUGCUUAACAUGAUUUCUAAUCAGAGACUCUCUAAAAUGUUUGGCAAAUUUCUAAGCCUUGGUGCAUCCUGGGAAUAUCCCAGAAACAGAUUUAAAAGGGAGUAUUGGACUUUAAUUAUCUAUAAGCCGUGGUGGUGCAGUGGUAGCGUUGUUGCCUCACAGCAAGAGGUUCUACCAUUCGAUUCCCGGCUGGAACACCUUCUGUGUGGAUUCUGCA